AUGAGUGUUAGAAAGCUAAGAACAACUGUGUCACAAAAUUUUGGCACUCAUGUUAGUGUUGGUCAAUGUAGGAGAGCUAAGAAAUAUGCACUCCAACUAAUAGAUGGUACCCUAGUUGAACAUUAUGCAAAGUUAUGGUCGUAUGCAGAAGAGAUUAGGAGAUCAAAUCCAGGUAGCACUAUGAAGCUUGAUGUAAAUCAUAUGCCAGAUGGGAAGAACUACUUUGGUAAGUUCUAUGUUUGCUUUGAUGCAUUGAAGAAGGGGUGGAAGGAGGGAUGCAUGAAGAUAAUAGGUUUAGAUGGUUGUUUCCUUAAAGGGAUCUGUAAAGGGGAGUUAUUAUGUGUUGCUGGAAGGGAUGCAAACAAUGGGAUUUAUCCUAUUGCAUGGGCAGUAGUAUGUGUGGAGAAUAAGGAAAAUUGGAGGUGGUUUUUGGAUUUACUCAUUGAUGACUUAGGACUUAAUUCGGGCUAUGGAUACAGUGUAAUAUCUGAUCAACACAAGGGUUUGAUUGAGGCUGUGAAAGAACUCCUUCCAUAUGUAGAGCAUAGGCAGUGUGGCAAGCAUAUUAGCCAAAACCUUAGGAAAAGGUAUAGAGGUGCCCAAUAUGAAAGCAUAUUCUGGAAGGCAUGUAAAGCAACAACAAAGGUAGAUUUUAAGGUUUCCAUGAAAGAGCUUGAAAUGCUAGACCCAAGUGCUCAUCAGUAUCUGAUGGACAAAGACCCCAAAACAUGGUCAAUGGCCUACUUCCAACCAGGAAGAUGUUGUGAUGUCGUGGAGAAUGGAAUGUCAGAAAGUUUUAAUGUUGUGAUUGUUGAUGCUAGGAAGAAACCAAUUAUCACCAUGCUAUUGGAGUUGAGGAUGCUUUGGCAGCUUAAUGGAAUCGGUUGUGUCCAUUCUGUUACAGCUAUUAGUUUUAUGAAUGGGGAUGUAGAGUCAUAUGUGGACAAAAUGUUUAGUAGCAUCACUUACAUGAAGGCAUACAAGUUUAGGUUAGCACCUAUGAAUGAAAGUAAUUUAUGGCCUGCAACUGAUUACACCCCACCUUUACCUCCUGUUUGUAGAACUAUGCCUGGGAGACCUGCAACUAAAAGGAAAAGGGAUGCAACAGAAACCCCAAACCAGUCAAGUAAAAAAUCAAAGACAACUACCCAAACACAAAACAAAGGUAAGGAGCAGGUGAAUGUAUCCAAGGCUGGGAAAAACCAAAAAUGUAGCCUUUGUAAGAUUGAAGGACACAACAAAAGAGUUUGUACUUUAACAAGGCCUCCUAAAACCAAAGCUAAUAGAAAAACAAAACAGGGUGUAGCUGAAGCGCUCAAUGAGGAUGAUGAAGGUAAUCAAUCUAAUGCAGUCAAUGAUUGA